UGUCUAAGGAAUUACCGAGCUUUGAACAUGAAGGGCCAAUAAAAUCAAGUAAAACAUAUAUAAAGCAGGUUCUUGUGGAAUCGAGGCAAAAGGUCAAAAAUCAUCCCAACCUUCCUACUCACACAGUGGGUUUUGAUUAGGGUUUUUUUUUUUUCAAAUUCUCGAAGAAGAAGACGGGGAAUGGGUGCACAGAAGAAAGGCGCGUCUAGGGCUUCAGAAGACCCUGAGGAAUUGGCACGUGUCCCACUCCAGGCCAUCCUCCUCGCCGAUAGUUUCACCACCAAAUUCCGACCCAUCACUCUUGAACGCCCCAAAGUGCUGUUGCCGUUGGUCAAUGCCCCGAUGAUCAGUUACACGUUGGCAUGGCUUGAGUCUGCUGGCGUUGAGGAGGUUUUUGUUUUCUGCUGUGCUCACUCCAAGCAAGUCAUCACUUAUUUGGACAAUUCCGAGUGGUUUUCCCAACCAAACUUCACCGUCACCACAAUUGAGUCACAUGAUUCUGUUAGUGCCGGAGAUGCUCUGCGCUUGAUAUAUGAGCGCAAUGUGAUACAUGGAGAUUUUGUCCUGGUCAGUGGGGAUACCGUGAGCAACAUGUCGCUUACUCAGGUGCUUCAAGAACAUAAAGAGAGAAGGAAGAAGGAUAGUAAUGCUGUAAUGACAAUUGUUAUUAAACGGUCAAAGCCUUCACCAAUCACUCGCCAAUCUCGACUGGGCACUGAUGAGCUCUUUAUGGCAGUAGAUCCCAACACAAAGCAGCUCUUAUAUUAUGAGGACAAGGCAGAACAUGCAAAGGGAUCUAUAUAUCUUGAUAAGUUAUUGCUUGCUGAUAAGUCUUCAAUUUCUCUGCAUAAUGACAAACAGGAUUGCUAUAUCGACAUCUGCUCUCCUGAAGUCCUCAGCCUUUUCACAGACAAUUUUGACUAUCAACAUUUACGUCGUCAUUUUUUAAAGGGAUUGCUUCUUGAUGAUAUUAUGGGUUACAAAAUAUUCACACAUGAAAUUCACUCGACUUAUGCGGCUAGGAUUGACAACUUCAGAAGCUAUGAUACAAUCAGUAAGGACAUAAUUCAGAGAUGGACUUACCCAUUGGUGCCAGAUGUUAAGUUUUUCGGAGAUUCUUCAACGAAGCUGGAAAGACAGGGGAUGUAUCGAGCCUCAGAUAUAGGGCAAUCACGAUCUGCACAGAUUGGUCCUUUUACAGUCAUUGGGAAUGGCACCAAGAUUGGGGACAACACCAAAAUUUCAAAUUCUGUUAUUGGAGAAGGGUGUUCUAUUGGACCAAACGUUUCCAUAGAAUGUUCUUAUAUAUGGGAUAAUGUCACCAUUGAAGAUGGCUGCAAGCUAAGGCAUGCUAUAGUAUGUGAUGGAGUGAUAAUGAAGUCUGGGGCAGUUUUGGAAUCGGGUGUAGUUUUGUCUUUCAAGGUUGUGAUAGGACAACAAUUUAUUGUCCCUUCAUACUCGAAGGUAUCUUUACUUCAACAACCAAUAAAGCAAGACAGUGAUGAGGAGCUAGAGUAUGCUGACAAUAGCACUGGGAUUGCAGAAAUUUCCCCUCUUACACAUGCACCGGAUAUAUCGAAUGGGGAAAUAGCGAACCAACAACAGGAGACUCGGUGUUGGCCUACAUCUGAGCUUGGUAUUGGUGGGGCUGGUUAUGUUUGGUCAGUUUGUGAAGGAGGCCAUGAUGAAGAGUGGAGGCAUUCAGUUGCUCCCAUUCCUGCAGAGAAACUUGCUGAGGUGAUACAAGCUGCAGAGGAUGAUCUGGAGGUUGAUCCAGAUGGCAGCAGUCUCCCACCUUCAGGAGAGCUGAAACCUGAUUCUGAUUCUGAUGAAGAGUAUAGAGAUGGUUCCUACUUUGAAAAUGAGGUUGAAGCAACCUUCCUAAGAGCUGUGGAUGAAAAUAUUAAAGUAGAGAAUGUCGUCUUAGAAGUGAACUCACUGAGAUUGUCAUACAACAAGCAAACUGCAAACUGUGCUGGAGCUAUAUUUUAUUCAAUGAUGAAAUUGGCAUUAGAAACUCCACAUAAUUCAGCAGUUGAAUUGGUCCAAGCUACUACGAAGGUAAUUACAAAAUGGAAAGGACUGCUGAAGUAUUACCUAUCAGACAUUGAUGAAGAGAUAGAAGUAAUAAUGAAAUUUGAAGAUAUGUGUUUGGAGUCCGCUAAGGAGUUCUCCCCCGUGUUCGAUAAGAUACUCUAUCAACUGUAUGACCAAGAAGUUAUACAGGAAGAGGCUAUUCUGAGGUGGGAUGAUGAAAAGAGAGAUGCUGAUGAAUCAGAUAGAAUUUUUGUUAGGCAGGCUGAAACAUUUAUCCAAUGGUUGAGAGAGGCAUCUGAAGAAGAGGAUGAGGAAGAGUAGGAAACAUUCAGUUGUAGGUUGUAUUCAGUAGGCAGGACAGAUAUAUUUCGAAUUUCGAACAAGUAUUUGCAAUGUUGUAAGGUACAAUGGGAGGGCUCGUUAUGUCCGUAAGCUUGAAAUUGCGUUUUACAGAAUCAUGCACUUGCAUGCGUGUAAUUUGAUACAAAAUCAAUAGUCUUAGUCAACACAAACAAUUGUUUUUGUCCAGUAUUA